AUGACCACCAAUUCCAACGCUCGCAGACGCCAUUCGCACCAGAAACCGCCCAAACAUGUCGUCUGUUCGGGCCACCGAGUAAUAAACGCCGCUCCCUCUCUGGAGAAGGCCGAGAUGUACGGGGUCGACGACGAGCGACCCUUCUUCUCGCGGGCCAUGGCCCUUGCGGGGAGAAUUUUCAUCGAGACAAUUCCGCAAUGGCUCACCAUCGGGGCUAUGCUGGCCCUGAUCUUCGGAGGCUGUUGUUCCAAUGUGUUUGCGCUUGAGGCUAUUAUCAAGGUCGAGCCAGCUAGCGGAACCCUCUUGACUUUUGUGCAGUUCAUAUUUGUGGCUGUUACGGGUUAUAUCUCUCAAUUCGACUCUAGUCGCCCACCACUCUUCAUCCGGCCCAACAAGGUGCCCCUCCGACGCUGGAUGAUCAACAUAAUACUCUUCUUCAGCAUCAACGUGCUGAACAACCAUGCGUUCAGCUAUGACAUCUCCGUCCCCGUCCACAUCAUCCUCCGGUCUGGAGGCAGUAUCACCACCCUCAUUGCCGGCUUUCUCUACGGCAAGAGAUAUUCGCGCAUUCAGGUGAUCGCGGUCAUUCUGCUGUCAAUCGGAGUCAUUACCGCCGCCUGGUCUGACGCGCAGAGCAAGGGGACCACGGCUAAUGCUACCCACGGCAAUUCGAGCUUCAUCACCGGGCUUGCCAUCCUCUUCUUCGCCCAGGUGUUGUCGGCCAUCAUGGGACUUUACACAGAGGAGACUUACAAGAUGUACGGCCCGCAGUGGAAGGAGAACCUAUUCUACUCCCAUAUGCUGUCCCUGCCGCUCUUCAUCCCGUUCCUACCUUCUCUGGUCCGUCAAUUCAUGAAACUGGCCAACAGCGCGCCGCUUACGCUCCCUUUCUCCAACAUCCUGGCUUCUGAACCCACAGCAGCCAUGGUGCAAAAGGGGAUCGAGAACAUCCAGAUCCCGAGCCAGCUCGUGUACCUGGUUCUCAACGUCUUGACACAGUACGCAUGCAUUCGAGGUGUUAAUCUUCUCGCAGCGGCAUCCUCGGCUCUCACGGUCACCAUUGUACUGAACAUCCGGAAGCUCAUCAGCCUGCUCUUUAGCAUCUGGCUGUUUGGAAACAGGCUUGCUCCUGGCACGCUGGUGGGUGCUGUGGUUGUCUUCUUCGCCGGAGGCCUGUAUUCCCUUGACGGCAAGAGGAAGCCCACCGCACGGCCACGUGCUGCUAGUGUAAAGGCCGGAUAG